AUGGCGUAUCAUUUUUUUCUUCAUGACUUUGAUACUUUUGCAGCGGAUAUGCAUUUAUAUACUGAUGCUACAGAUAAGGACUUUGGAGGUAUUUACGGACAUAAAUGGUUCCAGGGAAGCUUCCCUGAAGAUAUGACCAUAGCAGGAGAAAGAAUUUCGAUGGCUUUCUUAGAGCUUUACCCUAUUGUAAUGGCAUGUGUGUUAUGGGGUCAGGAAUGGACAAAGAAACGGAUAGUUUUUCACUGUGAUAAUAUGUCUACAGUGGAUAUCAUUAACAAAGGCAGGUCUAAAGUGAGUCUUAUCAUGAAACUCAUGAGGAAAUUGACCUUAGUUUCUGCUUAUUACAAUUUUACUGUGCGUGCCAAACAUAUCCCAGGAAUUGAUAAUACUAUAGCAGAUGCCAUUUCUCGAUUCCAGAUGACAAAGUUUCGCAGACUAGCACCAUGGGCGGAUCCACAGCCAACGCCAUGUCUUUCGGCAUCAAACCUACUUACACUAGGAGAGACCAAAUUAAUCAGCUAUGGGACUAUGCAGUGA